GGAAGACAAGAGAAGCGGGCUGAUUUCCUGUACUAUGGAUGGGGAUAUCUACGAUCAAUUUGGGGAGGCCAUUGACAGAAGGCUUGGAGGAGUGAGAGCUGAAGCCCAACGAAGAGCGGCAGCGGGACCACCGCCCCCUACCAUGUUCAGGCUAUGGCAGGAAAAGGAGGAACCACCGUUUGGGGUAGAAGAAGUGGGAAGUGAUGAGGAAGUGACUCAAGGGCUACGAGGAGGAAGUGAGACGGAAAAUGCCAUAAUCAUCGAGUCAGAUGACGAGGAGGAGGGGGAAAGAAUGGAGCCUCCGUCCGUCUUAUUUGAGAAGAUGAAGGACUUGCUGGAUAAGAUGGGGAGGCACCAACAAAAGUUGGUGGGCCUCUGUAAAGAAGUGAAAGGAUGGAGGUCUAACAUCCCCACAGUAUUCCUCUAUGACUCCGGUCCGGAGUCAGCGCCUGGGCGACCCGGAGUAAAUGUGGUGAGGCCGUGCCCUCAACCAGGAAUAAGGGGGAGACCCCUCACUCCGCAAGCCCGGCUGGCACAGGCAGCGCGAACGAGGAAUCAAGCCAAGGCCAGUACCAGCCAAGAGCCUCCAAGGGGGGAACACGAACCAGGGAGAAGGAAGAAGACUGUAGAAGUAGAGGACGAUGAUGACGAAGAGGAAGAGGACGAGAGGCUGCGCAGAGAAGAGGAUCAGAGAGCGGAGCAGCGGGCAAGGAAAAAGGGGAUCAGGGGAGAGGCCGAACCGGUCAUAAAGGGCGGACCGCCCAAAAAGAAGAAAUACGUGGUCCGGUUGGAAGAAGGAUUUGACGUAGAGAAGGUGAUUGACCGGCUGCUGGAAGGGCAUAAUGACCUCAUGAACCUGAAGGAAAUCCUAGCGUCAGCCCUGCGGCUCCGCGAUGAAUUGGAGGGAAGGUUAUCACGACGCCUGGUGCCCAAUGUCCAUCUGGGUACGAUCCUGCCCAAGGAGGCAGAGUGGGCAGAGUCAGGUACGAAGAUGGACUGGAAGUGCGUAGCCUGCGGUACGGUGGAUUUGAUGGUGAAGGGUUCCAAGUGCGCAGCAAUGGUGGACACCGGGGCAGAGAUGAACAUUAUUCGGGAGGCGGACGCGAUCAGAUUCGGGCUGGAUAUAGACCGUUAUGACUGCGGUAUUCUGCAUGGAGCCAGCUGUAAGGCCGUGUUUUGUGGGACAGCCUCGAAUGUACUCGUCGAGGUUGGAAAGGUGAAGGCCAGGGCAUGCUUCUUCAUAAUGCCAGACGUGGACCAUGAAAUCCUCCUGGAGAGGUCUGACUUUACGAAGACAGCCAUGCCAAGAGGAGGGAAGGGGACACGGCCGCCUCAGAGGCCGUUGGGCGCAUCAGGAGGAUAUGAGCGGCAUGGGCCUCGCCAACGAGAGAGUACUCUUGUCUACAAUGAUGGGGACAUCGAGCUAUUCCUGGACAGUUUCUGGGAGCAUGCGAGGUGUAUGGGCUGGACCGUGACUCAGGCAAUUGAGAGAUUGAGGGGAGCAGGUAGGUUCGAGGAGCCCAUUGCCAGGAUUCGUAGGGAGGCGACGACGAGGCAGGAGGUGGAGAUAAGGAUGGAGGAGUUGCGACCCUCGCCUGUGGGACCUGAUGGCAGGCCGAUCCGCCUGGAGAUUGGAAAUGCGUCGGACUUCAUCCCCGCGUUUGAGUGGUUCAUGCAAGAGCAAGGCAUACAGAGAGAUGAUUGGAUGCAGACACUACCACUCUGGACUAGGAAGGCAGAAAGGCCACUGGCUAUGCAGAUCAGGGACAUGGCACGAGAUUGGGAAAGUUGCAGGGCACAUUUGAGAGAGGCCUUUCGACGGCCAGAGCUCCCUCAACCCAGAGUCGAGAGGCGGCAGAGGAGUCAGAGGCCGAGGGACCCUGAGCCCAAGGAGGCGAGACCAUCUCGAGGAGGACGGAAGACCUUAGCCAGGAGAGAGCAGGAGCCAGAGGAUGAAGAGCGAGGGGCAUACCCUGAGUGUGGGUUGGGGCCAGGUGAGGAGCAUGGAGAGCAGGCAGAGGAGGCGUCACGAGAGGAGGUGCCACGAGAGGAGGUGCCACAGGGGGAGAUACCACGAGAAGAGAUGUCACGGAAGGAGGUGCCACAGGAAAAGGUCCAGGGUACUCAGCGAGAGAGGGGGCUGGGCGGUGAGGGGAGAUAUGCAGGGAAGGAAGUGAUAGAGGUUGGAAAAGACACGCCCCAACAGACGCCAGCAGUGGGUUUGAGACUCGGGGGUGCACCAGGGAGCACCCGGCAAGCAAGAGAGGGGUUGCAGAGAGAGGAGACCCCUUUACCUUCGUCAGAAAAGGCUUCUUCGCCAGAAGGGAGGGCAGAAAGGAGGAGAGAAAUGGCAGCUGUAAGGAGAGAAGCUUUGAUCCUGAUUGAUAGGCACCUAGCAGCUCAUGCCCUGGAGCACCCAGACCUGGAGGAGCCAGCACCUGCAGAGCCACGCCAGGAGUUAUGCCAGCCCGAGAAGGAGAUGGAAGCAGAAAUCCCAAAGAGGGUCGACCUCCGCAUGAGGGAAAGGGUGCCAGCUGGAGAGACGGCCGAAGAAAAGAGGGCGAGACGAACCAGGCGGAUCGAUGAGAUAUGGCAGGAGAUGCAGAGGUUGGAGGCAGCUGGGGAGGUCCCGGAGCAGCAGCAGGAGAGGCAGAGAUCGGAGGCAGCAGGAGCACUUCCGGGUCAGCCGCCCAGCGCGCCAGCCAAGGCCCCGGAAAUUCCUGAAAUGUGGAGAGACUUCUGGGAGCAGAGAGGAGAGGAGCUUCCAUCACCAGUCAGAGCUGGGUUUGGGGUGGCCAGGAAGGCGGAAGAAAGGUUAGAUCCUAUCAUUGAGAGCCUGAGGCAGCAAACCCAGGGAAAGGUGGACAGACCAGAGAGCAGCCGGCAGGGAGAGCAGAGGCAGCCAGGACAGAGAUUGCCAGGACAGCCAUCUGCGACAGAGCCUCGCCAGGAGCCGUCUAUGGGGAUAGUUAUCCUGGAGCCAGAGGAGGCGAGAGCCCAGAGACAGGCGGAGAGAGAGGCGUUUGAGUUUAGAGCCUCUACCGAGCUCGCGACGCUGCCGGUGGCGGCGGCAGGCCCAGUCGUACGUUUGGCAGUAGAGGAGGGGCUUCCACCAUCUAGCAGUGAGCCGACUCAGGGCUCGGCAGAGGGAUCCACGGGCGUGCUCCUUGAGGCAGUGCAUACUAUGCAGGAGGAGGUGAGUUUGUUUUCACCUGAGCAAAGGAUAGAGGAGCCUCUUGAGAGAGAGAUGGGGAUUGAGGAGGAGGGUGCCAUCGAGGGCAGACUCCAGAAGAUAGGCACACCUGAAUAUGGACCAGAGGAGAUUGAGGAGCAGCCCACGGCAGUGCCAGGGGCGGCACUCGAGAGGAGGCCUCAGAGGUUGGACACGCCUGAGUACGUCCCAGCGACAGAGGAUUUGAGAGGCAGACUAGGAUUUAGGGCUACUGGAUCAGGGUCUGGUGGACCAAUUCCGGGGACAGAGCGGCAGAAAGUCAUUGGUACCGCAGCUCCUCAAGCAGAGCAUCAGGGGGUUAUCAGUACCUUGGCAGAAUCUCCUUCAUCACCACCUCCUCAGCCCAGGAAGAAGAAGUAUAAGAGAAAGGUUGAUCAACUAUGUUUCUACUGCAAGAAGAGCGCGCAUCACGCUUUGGACUGUCUCGAAUUUCUUGAGGAUAAGGCAGCAGGGAAGAUUUCAGAGGUAGGGAGUAAAAUGUAUGAUAGAUAGGGUAGGAUAGUAGAGAAGUCCGCAGAUGGACUUAGGGCUCAGUUAUAUAGGCAAAACCAGGAGG